AUGGCAGCAAAUAAUCAAGGGUUGUUGGGCAGCCAGCAUGAUACUACCGGGCUCCCUAACAUCUCAGAUUCUCCCGAUGUCCCGGGACUUUUCGAUAUCCCAGAUGUGCCACAGCUUCCUGAUGACACCGAAUCUACGAUAAUUUCCGAAGCUGCUGCUGGGCUUCCAGACGUUCCUGAUGCAUCCUUACUCCCAGACACUAGUAGUACUACCGCUCAAAUCUCGGAUGCUGGCGGUCAAGGCGAUCCACACUUCACCACAUGGAGAAACGAACACUUUGAAUACCACGGACAGUGUGACUUGAUCCUCGCCACGGACUCUAAUUUUGCUGACGGACUUGGACUAGAUGUCCAGAUCCGAACCAAGGUGGUCCGAUACUGGAGCUACAUUAAGAGUGUGGCCAUGCGUAUCGGUGCUGACAUUUUCGAGAUUGAAGGCAAUGCCGACAUGUCCGAGGAUCUUCGAUACUGGAUCAAUAUGGAGUUCAAGGGCGCCGUCAAGAAUGUUGGCGGUUUCCCUGUCAUUUUCAAGAAUCGCAAGGGACAGGCCAUGAAGCAAACUAUUCUCAUUGACUUGAACUCCAAGUACCCAGGUGCAAAGAUUGAAAUCCAAGUAUGGAAGGAGUUUGUCAAGGUCAACUUUCAAAAUCCCACCGUCGAAGCCUUUGGCAAUACCGUCGGUAUGUUAGGAGACUUUAGCACUGGCAAGACUGUUGGCCGUGAUGGAGUGACUGUCUUCGAUGAUUAUAUGCUUUUGGGAGAAGAGUGGCAAGUGCUUCCAGCCAAUGACAUGCUCUUCCACAGUACGGAAGAACCUCAGUUCCCAAGCAAGUGCAUCGAACCAGAAGAUUCACAAGGAGAUCGUCGCCGCCGACGCCUUGGUGAAUCUGCUAUCACAGAAGAACAAGCCGAGAAAGCCUGCGCAAGUCUGACUGGUAUGCUUGACCGUAAAGAUUGCGUGUAUGACAUCUUGGCCACACAAAAUCUUGACAUGGCUGUAGCAUAUUAG